AUGAACACCUCGGCCAGCAAGAAGACUCCUGAUCCGGACUCAGAUGCGGUGGAUUCGGUGGUACAUGUGCAUGAUUUACCCCAGCUCUACCAGCAACCCUCGGCCCCAGCUCUCCUAGAAGCAUUAGAUUUAUUCUUGUCGGGGCAGACCAGCUUUGCGAGCACAGGAACAGGAGCCUCUGGCCGUCGUAGGGUCGCGGAGCAGGGUGCACCGGGCUACCUCACCUCCAUCGUCUCCUCCAGUCUGCGUUGGAUCGAAGAUGAAGAUGCGAAGGAGUCAAUUUGGACGGCCGCCAGUGCCCGGCUGAGUGAGCGGUCGGGGAGGAAUGCAAUGCCCACCAUGACUCGAUCAUUCGUCAUCAGCCAAGGUCCGGAAUGCGACGAUCUCGUGAUCCAGCUGCACGAACCGACACUGACCGAAGAUAGUCUUGGACUCAAGACAUGGACGUCGUCGCUCAUGCUCUCUCGGCGGCUUCGCGAGGUGCGCAGGCUGAUCCCUGGCGCUGUCGACCGGGUCCUGGAGCUAGGUGCUGGCACCGGCCUAGUGGGCAUAUCCGCCGCUUGUAUCUGGGAGACACAUGUACUUUUGACUGACCUCCAAGAGAUCGUGCCCAAUCUUCAGAAGAAUCUCGAGCAGAAUAAAGAGGUCAUUCAAGAACAUCACGGAAGUGUCGAGUCACGAGCACUAGACUGGGCAGAUGAGACAGACACGCCCGGGAGCAAACAGGACAGGUUCAAAGUUAUUCUUGCAGCGGAUCCUAUCUACUCCGCCGACCACCCGAAAAUGCUCGUCAGCACCGUGCGUCGCUGGAUUCGCUGGGAGACGGACGCCAGGUUCAUCGUCGAACUCCCCUUCAGAGAUAGGUAUGACGAGGAGCGGCGCGCCUUGCGCAUGAUCCUGGAGGGGUUGGACUUCGGCUUGGUCUCUGAAGGGACAGACGUUGGACAUGAUGACUGGCAUGGCCGAGACGGCAGUCCGGCAGAGGUGACUUGCUGGUGGAGCAUAUGGAAGCCGAACGUUCCACAGUCGCUAAGCUCAUAA